AUGGAUUUCGGCGGAGCCCCCAGAUUUUUAGCCCGACCCAAGGCGUUUACUGUCUCCGCCGGUAAGGAUGCGACCCUCGCCUGCCAGAUUAUCGGCAACCCGGUGCCAGUGGUAGUGUGGGAAAAGGACAAGGCGCCGGUGAAGUCGGGAGGCCGCUUCAAAACGGUGGAGGACGGCGACAUGUACAAGCUGACCAUUUACGACCUGUGCACAGGUGACAGCGGCCAGUACAUCUGCAGGGCCAACAACACGGUGGGCGAAGCGUACGCGGCGGUCACUCUGCGGGUCGGCGUCGACCUGGACGAGGCGCCGGGAGCGCAGCACGCCCCGACCUUCCUGCUCAAACCGUGUUCUCUCCGCGUGUGCCUGGGCGACGACGCCAGCUUCUCCUGCAGGGUGGACGGGAACCCGACGCCGUCCAUCCACUGGGAGAGAGAUGGCGCGAGGUUGGGCGACGGCGGCAACAACCGCUACUCGGUGGAGGCUGCUGUCGACGGAAGCACGCUGAAAAUCUCCUGCGUCAGGUUUUCCGACGGCGGCGCCUUGCUGUGUAGGGCCUUCAACCGUCUGGGCGAGAGCCAGGUUGUCGUCGCCUUGGUCGUCCUCUCCCCGACUGAAGCCAGCUCUGCUCUGCCCGCAGCGCUAGAUGCCGGCUACGCCAAGACCUCGCUGCUGUCUCACCUGCAGCAAAGGCGGGAACACAUGCGCGGCCACGACAUUCUUACCUCAGGUCCGUCGACGGACGGCCCGUCCCCGCCUGUUGCUUCGGCCGGCCACCAGCUCUCGCGAGAUUACGAAACGGCGGGAAGCUACAGUCGGCCGCGCUCGCUGUAUGCGCCGCUCUCGGCCACUGGCGGGGCCGCGAGCGCGAGCGCGGCGGUUGGAUGGGCCCGCACGUGCACUGUCACCGAGGGCAAACAUGCCAAGCUGAGCUGUCAAGUGACGGGCAAACCCAGACCCGAGAUCCUGUGGAAGAAGGACGGCGAGGUCAUCUUCUCGGGCCGACGGCACGUCCUCUUCGAUGAUGACGAGGACAACUUCGUGCUGAGGAUUCUCUACUGCAAGCAGAGCGACAACGGACGGUACACUUGCACCGCUUCCAAUUUGGCCGGGCAGACUUACAGCUCGGUGCUGGUCAUCGUCAAAGAACCAAGUGUACCCUUUAAGACCAAACUGAAAGAUGUCGAAGUUGUGGAGAAGGAAACAGCAACCCUCCAGUGUGAAGUUCCUAUUCCUGCUAUACAGGCUAGUUGGUUCCUAGAGGAAACGGAGAUAGCCGAGAGCACCAAAUAUAAAAUAGAAGAGGAGGGCACCCUCAGAAAACUUACUAUCAAAAAUGUUACAACUGAUGAUGAUGCUGUCUAUAUUUGUGAAAUGAAAGAAGGCAGCAGAACAGUUGGAGAGUUGACAGUGAAAGGUAACAUUGUUAAGAAGCUUCCAAGGAAAACUGCAGUACCAGAAAAUGACACUGCCAUUUUCUGUGUGGAAUUGAACAGUGGCUGUAAGACUAUCAGGUGGAUAAAGAAUGGGAAAGAGCUAGAACCAAAUGAUAGAACAACCAUCGCUGUUUCUGGCAAGCGGCACACUCUUACAAUUCGUGAAUGCAAAUGGGAAGAUGUUGGAGAAAUUGCUCUUUUGGCAGAUGAUUCUAGAACCUCAACUCAAUUUACAUUAACAUCUCCCCGGAAAGUUCCACCACAUCCCCCAGUCAAUCCUGUGGUGAAAGGUAAAACAGAAACAUCUGUCACUUUGGCUUGGUCUCUGCCUCAAGACGUGCCACCUGCCCCUGUCACAGGAUACAUAAUAGAAAAAAGGAAAGUAGGAAGCAAUACCUGGACAAGAUGUCAUACUAGCAACAAGAUAGAGGCACAGGAGUUCACAGUCGAUGGCUUGCCAGAAGGAGCUAGUUAUCAGUUUAGAAUUAGUUCUGUAAACAACUUUACCCAGAGCACAUUCUUAGAAGUCCCAGGAACAUUUUACAUUGAAUCUAGAGCUUUCAUUGAGAAACCUUUGCAAGAUGUUGAAGCUUCAGCAGCUUUGCCAGUGGCACCAGUGAGUUUCAGGAAUAAGUCAGCAGAAAAGGAAAUUGUUUCUGUGUCUCUGAAUGGUACAGCUCAAUUUGUUGCUGAGGUUUCUGAUAGAACUGCAAAAGUAACCUGGACAAAAGAUGGCAAGGAGAUCAAGUCAAAUGUGGGUGUCAAGUUCAUAAAUAAGCCAAAAUUUCCACCAGAAGUGAUAGCAGAAGCCUCAGAAAGUUUGGAAUUGUCUUGUGAAGUAUCACCAGCUAAUUCUGUGGUCACAUGGAAAAAGGAUCAAAAAGAGGUUAAACAGGACCAGAGGAUAACCAUCAUCUCUCAGGGAACACAACGCAAACUUGUCAUCAGAAAAGUGCAGCAAAGUGACCAAGGAAAUUAUACCUGCAUGUCUAAUGAUGACAACCUAACAUUCCAAGUUAAGAUCAAAGAAUCAGCUGCAACUAUCGUGAAUAAAUCUACAACUCAAACAGAGCAGACAGCAAGUGUGGGAGAAAAGGUAGUCCUUGUUUGUAAUGUAUCUCAGUCUACUGUCGAAGGGAAAUGGUACAAAAAAGGACAGGAAGUAAAGCUGAGCAAAGCAGUAAGUGUUGAAUCAGAAGGUACAACGCGAAGAUUGGUUCUUCACAAUGUCAAACCUGGAGAAUCUGGUGAAUAUGUCUUUAAAACCAAAGAGGAUGAAAUUGCUAUGAAUGUUACACUUAAAGAACCAGAAACUGGAUUUGUGAACAAAAAUUCAGUUCAGAAGGAAGUGAAAGUUCGACAAUCAGAAAAUGUUACUCUUAGCUGUGAAGUGUCACACCCCAAAACUGAGGUCCAAUGGUUCAGAGAUGGAAAACUACUCAGUAAGAGUGGAAAGGUGAAACUCGAAUCUGAUGGUAAAAUUCGAAAGCUUACUGUUCAGAAUGUGGAGUCAAAAGAUUGCGGUGCAUACAUUUGUGAGGCAGCUGGAGAGAAACUGACCUUCAACAUUCAGGUUACAGAACUUGAACCAGCACCAGUGUUCACCAAUAAAGAAUCAGUUCAGAGAGAGGUAAAGGUUCGAACAUCGGAAAAUGCUGUUCUCAGCUGUGAAGUAUCACAUCUCAAAACUGAGGUCACAUGGUCCAAAAGUGGAAAAAUUCUCAGUUCCGGUCAGAAAGUUAAAGUCGAAUCUGAUGGUGGAAUACGAAGACUUAUUAUUCAGAAUGCAAAAUUAGUGGAUGGAGGCAAUUAUGUCUGCGAAGCAGCUGGAGAGAAAUUGACAUUCCACGUUCAGGUUACAGAACCAGAAACUGGGUUUGUCAAUAAGGAUUCAGUUCAGAAGGAAGUGAAAGUUCGACGAUCAGAGAAUGCUACUCUUAGUUGUGAAGUGUUACAGUCCAAAACUGAUGUCAAGUGGAUUAGAGAUGGAAAACGACUCACUAGCAGUAAAAAGAUUAAUUUUGAGUCUGAUGGUAAUAUUCGAAAACUGAUCAUUCAGAAUGUGGAAUUAAAAGAUUUAGGUGAAUACAUUUGUGAAGCAGCUGGCGAGAGAUUGACCUUCAGCGUUCAGAUUUCAGAACCAGUACCAGUAUUUGCCAAUAAAGAAGCUGUUCAGAAGGAGGUAAAGGUUCGAGUAUCGGAGAAUGCUGUUCUCAGUUGUGAAGUAUCGGAUAUCAAAACUGGAGUGAAAUGGUCCAAAAGUGGAAAAUCUCUCAGUUCUAGUCAGAAGGUUAAACUUGAAUCUGAUAAUAGAAUACGAAGACUCCUCAUUCUGAAUGCAGAACUAAAGGAUGGUGGCAGUUACGUAUGUGAAGCAGCUGGAGAGAAAUUGACUUUUCAUGUUGAGGUUACAGAACCAGUACCAGUAUUUGCCAAUAAAGAAGCUGUUCAGAAGGAGGUAAAGGUUCGAGUAUCGGAGAAUGCUGUUCUCAGUUGUGAAGUAUCGGAUAUCAAAACUGGAGUGAAAUGGUCCAAAAGUGGAAAAUCUCUCAGUUCUAGUCAGAAGGUUAAACUUGAAUCUGAUAAUAGAAUACGAAGACUCCUCAUUCUGAAUGCAGAACUAAAGGAUGGUGGCAGUUACGUAUGUGAAGCAGCUGGAGAGAAAUUGACUUUUCAUGUUGAGGUUACAGAACCAGUACCAGUAUUUGCCAAUAAAGAAGCUGUUCAGAAGGAGGUAAAGGUUCGAGUAUCGGAGAAUGCUGUUCUCAGUUGUGAAGUAUCGGAUUUCAAAACUGGAGUGAAAUGGUCCAAAAGUGGAAAAUCUCUCAGUUCUAGUCAGAAGCUUAAACUUGAAUCUGAUAAUAGAAUACGAAGACUCCUCAUUCUGAAUGCAGAACUAAAGGAUGGUGGCAGUUACGUAUGUGAAGCAGCUGGAGAGAAAUUGACUUUUCAUGUUGAGGUUACAGAACCAGUACCAGUAUUUGCCAAUAAAGAAGCUGUUCAGAAGGAGGUAAAGGUUCGAGUAUCGGAGAAUGCUGUUCUCAGUUGUGAAGUAUCGGAUUUCAAAACUGGAGUGAAAUGGUCCAAAAGUGGAAAAUCUCUCAGUUCUAGUCAGAAGGUUAAACUUGAAUCUGAUAAUAGAAUACGAAGACUCCUCAUUCUGAAUGCAGAACUAAAGGAUGGUGGCAGUUACGUAUGUGAAGCAGCUGGAGAGAAAUUGACUUUUCAUGUUGAGGUUACAGAAUUGGAAUCAAGAUUUGCUAAUAAAGAUGCAGUUCAGAAGGUUGUGAAAGUUCAAAAGUCAGAGAAUGCAAGUCUUAGCUGUGAAGUGUCAGAUUCCAAAACUGAAGUCAGAUGGUUUAGAAAUGGAAAACUUCUCAGUUCGAGUAAAAAAUGGAAAAUUGAAUCCCAUGGCAAAAUUUGCAAGCUUAUCAUUGAGAAUGUGGAGCCAAAAGAUGGCGGUGAAUACGUAUGUGAAGCAGAUAAAGAAAAAUUGACCUUUGCCAUUCAGGUUACAGAGUUACCCAUCUUGUUUACAAAGAAGCUUGAAAAUGUAAAUGCACUGUGCAGUAAAACAGUUGAGCUUAUAUGUGAAUUAAAUCAAGCAAAGGGUGACGUCUUAUGGCGGCAUAAUGGAACAGAAAUCAAACCAAGCCGAAGACUAAAAAUACGAGCAGAUGGACAGAAACGAUGCUUGACCAUCUGUGAAGUAACUGCUGAGGAUGAGGGAGAAUAUCAGUGUGAAUCAAAGGAUGAUGUUACAACUGCUAAAUUGACUGCUAAGGUUCCAAAGGUUAUGAAGUUUAAAAGUGAGCUUCAAAGUGUAGUGGCUGUGGAAGGAGAUGAUGCCACCUUUAAAUGCAGUGUCUCUCAUGAAGAUGCUGCAAUUACUUGGUAUAAGAAUGGAGUCAAAAUUAGCCCAAAUGAGAAGUAUGUCAUAUCCUGCGAAAGAACCAAUCAUAGUUUGACCAUUAGACACCUAACACUAAUGGAUGCGUGUGAAAUUUCUGCACAAGUUGAAGAUAUGAAAAUAACUGCCAAUCUUCAAGUUCAAGAAGCUCCAGCAUUAUUUAAAAAGAAAUUGGAGAACAUGACUGUUGAAGAAAAAAAGACAGCCAUUUUUGAAAUUGAGCUCUCAAAGCCUUGUGGUGAAGUUAAAUGGAUGAAAAAUAGCAUCAUUGUUCAGAGUGAUGGAAGAAUAGAUAUUAAGGUGGAUGGGAACAAACAGAUUCUUACUAUUAAAAAUGUGAGCUUUGCGGACCGUGGGAAUUACUCAUGUGAAACACUUCAUGAAAAGACGAAAGCAAAGUUAAACGUUGAAAUGAGGAAAGUUAAACUGAUCAAAGGAUUGGAGGAUGUCAAGGUGCAUGAGAAAGAAACUUGCACUUUUGAAGUUGAGUUAUCCCAUGAAGAUGUGGAAACGACCUGGCUGAAGGAUAGUAUCAGAAUGAAACCAGGAGCCAACUGCAGAAUUAGCACACUGGGCAAGAAGCAUGCACUGACUUUAUCCAAUUUGAAGAUUGAGGAUUCAGGGCUGAUUAGUUUCAAAGCUGAAGACAUACGUACAUCUGGAAGACUCACUGUAACAGAGCCGCCGGUGACUUUGGUCAAAUCUUUAGAAGAUAUUAAAGUUCCGGAGAAAGAUAAAGUUGUUUUUGAAUGUGAACUCUCAAGAGCCAAUGCAGAAGUUAAAUGGUUUAAGGAUGAUGUACAGAUUAAGCCAGGGAAAGGAUAUAGCAUGACGUCUAAAGGACGGCAAAGGAGCCUUAUCAUUCACCAUUGUGGAAAUGAACACCAAGGGCAAUAUACAUGUGAUGCAGUGGAUUGCAAGUCAACAGCCAUCCUUACAGUACAUGCUCGUGAUAUCAAGAUAGUAAGGCCGUUGAAAGACCUUGAAGUUAUUGAACAGGAGAGUGCUGCCUUCUUAUGUGAAAUUUCACAUGAUGAAGUGGAUUUUCAAUGGUUUAAGAACGGUGUAAAAAUCAGGGCUGGUGAUAAUGUAAAAAUUCGUCAGGAAGGAAGGACCCAUAUUCUGCUAUUUAAAUCUGUAAAAACUGUAGAUGCUGCUGAGAUCAAGUUUGUUGCUGAAAGUGCAACUUCCACAGCUUUCCUACGGGUUAAAGAAUUGCCAGUUAAAAUUGUGAAACCCUUAAAAGAGAAGAUUGGCAUUGAAAAACAUCGUGUCAUUUUUGAAUGCAAAGUUUCUAGACCAAAUGCUGUUGUCAAAUGGUAUCACAAAGGCAAAGGGAUUCAUCCUAGUAAAAAAUAUGAGAUUGUGAGUGAAGAUGUGUACAGAAAGCUCAUAAUUAAUAACGUUGCUUUUGAAGAUGAAGGCAGUUACAUAUGUGAUGCAAAUGAUGACAAAACCACAGCAAUGCUAUAUGUUGAAGAGCAAUCAAUUGCCAUUGUUAAGCAGCUACGUGAUGUGGAAGUCACAGAACCAAAUGAUGCAAGUUUUCAAUGUGAGCUUUCAAUUGCUGACGUGAAGCCUCCAAAAUGGAUAUUGAAUGGUGAACUUCUUCAUGUUUCUGAAGAUGUGGAAAUUGAGCAUUCUGGCACUAUCCAUCGUCUGACUCUGAAAAGAACAAGUUGUAAGAUGACUGGCUUGCUGCAGUUUAUUGCAGGGAAAUCAAAGUCUGAGGCGAGGCUGACUAUUAAAGAGCCUCCAACAGUGGUAGUUAGAGAAUUACAAAAUAUUACAGUGGAAGAGAGGCUCUCUGCUACUUUGAGUUGUGAGUUUACACCUACUCCCAAGAUGGUGAAAUGGUACAAAGACCAGAGCUUAAUCAAAUCAUCUGACCGGUACAAAUUUAAUCAAAACAAGAAUGUGACAGAACUCACCAUUUCAAACCUCAGACCUGAAGACUCUGGUGAAUAUAGCUGCAAAUCAAGUAAUGCACAGACCACAGCAACGCUCACAGUUGAAGCUUUGAAAAUAGAAAUAAUAAAACAUUUGGAAGACAUAGAUACUGAGGAAGACAGCAAUCUAGUGUAUUCAUGUGAGUUAUCUCAUGAUGUUGAAGAAGUUGAGUGGUAUCUAAAUGAUACUCUCUUAUAUUCAAAUGAUUUCAAUGAAAUAAAGAGAAAAGGAAAGAGACACACAUUAAUUCUGAAAAGUGUAACGCCUGAUGACACAGGGACAGUUAUGUUCAAAGUGAGAGAUCUGACAGAUAAAGCACAGCUGAAUGUUCGAGAAAAGCCAAUAGUCUUCAUGAAAUCCUUGGAUGACAUUAUUGGAGAAGAGAGAGGAAUGAUCACCUUGGAAUGUGAAGUAUCAAAGCCCAAAGUCAGUCCUAUUUGGAAAAAGGAUGAUGUGAUUCUUGGUUCAAGUGACAAAUAUGAAUUACUGCAUGCUGGAAAAACACUUUGCCUUGUAGUACAUGACCUGAGUAAAAGUGACGCUGGAUUGUAUACUUGUGACAUAGGCACCGACAGAGCAAGUGCUAAAGUUGCCAUCCAAGAGUUGAACAUUGGAAUCACGAAGCGGCUAAAGAGCACCGAGAUUAAAGAAGGUGAAAAUGGAUCUUUUGAAUGCAUACUUUCUCAUGAAAGCAUUGAUGAGUAUUACUGGACGAUAAAUGGACUAUUAGUAGAAGGCAAUGAAAGAUUUGAGACAUUUAAUAUUGGUCGAAAAUACAUACUUAAUAUUAAGGAGACGGCUCUUUCAGAUGCUGGGGAAGUAAUUUUCCACGUGCGAAAUCUCAGUUCAAAAGCCUCAUUAAUAGUAAAAGAAAAACCAACAGAAAUUACAAAGCAACUUAAGAACUUGGUAGUGAUAGCAGGUGAAGAGAUUGUAUUGAGCUGUGAAACCUCUAAGCCUGAUUCUUCAGUGAAGUGGUUUAAGGAUGGCAAAAGAAUUAGAAAGAGUCAUACAUAUGAAAUAUCUCAGCAAGGAAUUGUAAAUAAAUUGAUAAUUCAUCAAGUCACUAUGAAGGAUUCUGGAGAGUAUGCAUGUGAAACAGAGACUUCUAAAACCAAAGCUACUGUCACUGUAAAUGAGAUGGCAAACCGAUUUACUAAAGAGUUACAUGACAUAAAAACUGAAGAAAAAGGAACUGCUAUUUUUAAAUGUGAAACGGAACAGCCAGCACAAAAGGUUGUCUGGAGAAAGGGAAUUGCAGAAAUCAAACCAAACAAAAAAUAUGAAUUGAACCAGGAUGGCAAUUUACUAAGUCUUACAAUUAAUCAUCUCGAGAAGAUUGACUGUGACCACUACACUUGUGACAUUGGUAAUGCACAAUCAAGAGCUCACCUGACAGUUACAGGUCAAAAAAUUCAAAUAAUUGGAGACCUUGAAGAUGUCGAAGCCCUUGAAGGUGAAUCAGCAACAUUUAAAUGCAAAAUAUCACCAACGGAUUAUAGCAACGUUCAGUGGUUCCUGGAUAAAACACCUCUACAUGCCAAUGAUGUGAACGAAAUUAAAACACAAGAGGAUGGCUAUCACAUUUUAACAGUUAAAAAACUUUCAGUGAAAGAUUCUGGUAAUAUAACUUUUGAAGCUGGAGAUAAGAAAACCUCUGCUGCACUAACAACUAAAGGGGCAGCCAAGUGCACCCGCAGGGGCCCCAGCUAUACCUGCCUCUUCGUUGGAUAUGUGGAACAGUCAAGCUUCCGCAGCUACACCAGCGCCACUGCUCACUUUUUCCUCCUCAACAUCAAUUACUUUAUUGGCGCCAUCUCGUGCUCCCGCGAGGAGAUUGAACAGUGGCCUCCUACAGCCUUGCCUGCGACCUUCAAGCAAAAGCUUAAGGAUGAAGAAGCUCAAGAGGGUGAUACUGCCAUCCUGCAUUGUGAAAUUAGCAGACCGGAUACAGCCGUGCAAUGGACAAAAGGAUCCACUCUACUUCAGCCUAGCGCCAAAUAUGAAAUGAAACAGAAAGGAUCCAUUGUUGAGCUGGUUAUUCACAAACUUAAACCAGAAGAUAGUGGAAGAUACUCUUGCGACAUUGGAGAUCAGCAAACCAGUGCUUCCUUGAAAGUUAAUGCCCUUCCGGUACUUUUCAAACAAGUUCUUCAGAACAAAGAAGCUGAUGAAGGUAGCACCACCACUUUACGCUGUGAGCUUACUAAGCCUAAUACUCCUGUAGAGUGGAAAAAGGGGACAAUGGUGCUUCAUCCCAGUGACAAGUAUGAAAUAAAACAAAUGGGUUCUAUUGCUGAACUGUCAAUCUGCAAUCUGAAACAAGGAGAUGCUGGAGAAUAUGUGUGUGAUUCGGGUGACCAACAGACCACAGCUUCGCUUAAAGUGAAAGUGCUUCCAGUGCUUUUCAAGAAGAAGCUUCAGAAUAAAGAACAUAAAGAAGGGAGUGUCGCCACAUUGCAAUGUGAGCUGACAAAACCUGAUGCCCCUGUAAAAUGGAAAAAGGGAUCCAUGUUGCUCGAUGCUAAUGAUAAGUACAAAAUGAAGCAAAAAGGUUGUAAUAUUGAGCUGAUUAUUCAUGACUUAAAACUUGAAGAUGCUGGAGAAUAUACCUGUGACUCUGGGGAAGAACAGACAACUGCUUUGUUAAAAGUAAAAGCCCUGCCUGUGCACUUCAAAAAAGAGCUUCAGAAUAUGGAAGUUCAGGAGGGAGAUACUGCCUCACUUUGCUGUGAACUCUCUAAGGCAGAUGCCUCAGUGAAAUGGAGAAAAGGAUCUAUUUUACUUCAUCCAAGUGACAAACAUGAAAUGAAGCAAAAUGGUACCAGUGUUGAAUUGCUUAUUCAUAAUUUAAAACUAGAUGACUCAGGAGAGUAUACUUGUGAUUCUGGUGACAAGAAGACAAAGAGCUGCUUAAAAGUGAAAGCCUUGCCUAUACUCUUCAAACAAGGGCUUCAGAGUAAAGAAGCCGAAGAAGAUAGUUCGGUCUCGCUGUGUUGUGAAGUUACUAAAUGUGAUGUUCACGUCCAAUGGAAAAAAGGAUCUUCAGUACUUCAUUCAAGUAACAAGUAUGAAAUGAAACAAAACGGUUCCCUGACUGAGCUCAUUAUCCAUAACCUAAAACUAGAAGAUGCUGGAGAAUAUAUCUGUGAUUCAGGGUUUCAACAGACCUCAGCCAUCUUAAAAGUAAAGGCCUUGCCUGUACUUUUCAAAAAAAAGUUUCAUGAUCAGGAAAUUGAAGAAGACAAUUCUGCCAGUUUGAAAUGUGAAAUUACCAAACCUAAUGCAGCAGUGAAAUGGAGAAAGGCAUCAGUACUCCUUCAGCCAAGUGACAAGUAUGAAAUGAAACAAAAAGGCUGUUACGUUGAGUUACUUAUUCACAAUGUAAAAUUAGAAGAUGCUGGAGAAUAUACCUGUGAUUCUGGAGAUGAACAAAUUACUGCCUCCUUAAAAGUGAAAGUGCUUGCUGUACUUUUCAAACAAGAACUUGAGAACCAGGAGGUUGAAGAAAAUAGUACAGCCAUUUUCAGCUGUGUCAUAACAAAACCAGAUGCUCCUGUGAAAUGGAGAAAAGAAUCUGUGGUACUUCAUCCCAGUGAAAAGCAUGAAAUGAAGCAAAAAGGUUCCUGUGUUGAGUUACUUAUUCACAGCCUAAGUGUUCAAGAUGCUGGAAACUAUAUAUGCGAUACAGGGGAUCAACAGACUAUGGCGAUUCUAAAAGUAAAGGUCCUUCCUGUGCAUUUCAAACAAGAGCUUCAGAGCCUGGAAGCUAAAGAAGAUAGUACUGCCAUUCUGAACUGUGAGAUUACAAAACCUGAUGCCCCAGUGGAAUGGAGGAAAGAAUCUGUGGUACUUCAAUCCAGUAAGAAGCAUGAAAUGAAGCAAAAAGGUUCCUAUGUUGAAUUACUUAUUCAUAACCUAAAACCUGAAGAUGCUGGAAAAUAUACAUGCGACACAGGAGAUCAACAGUCGGUUGCAAUCUUAAAAGUAAAGGCACUUCCUGUACUUUUUAAAGAAAGACUUAAGAAUCAGGAAAUUGAAGAGGAUAGUACUGCUACUCUGAACUGUGAGAUUACAAAACCGAAUGCCCCAGUGGAAUGGAGAAAAGGAUCUGUGCUACUUCAUCCCUGUGAGAAGUAUGAAAUGAAGCAAAAUGAUUCCUGUGUUGAGUUACUUAUUCAUAACCUAAAAGCUGAAGAUGCUGGACAAUACAUAUGCGAUACAGGAGAUCAACAGACUAUGGCGAUUCUGAAAGUAAAGGCCCUUCCUGUGCUUUUCAAACAAGAGCUUCAGAAUAAGGAAGCUGAAGAGGGCAGUAUGGUGAUUCUACAUUGUGAGAUUUCAAAACCGGAUGCUCCAGUAGAAUGGAGAAAAGGAUCUGUGGUACUUCAACCCAGUGAGAAGCAUGAAAUGAAGCAAACGGGUUCAUCUGUUGAAUUGUUUAUUCAUAACUUAAAAGUUGAAGAUGCUGGAAAAUAUACAUGUGAUUCAGGGGAUCAAAAGACAACUGCAUCUUUAAAUGUGAAGGUUCUACCUGUACUUUUCAAAGAAGAGCUUAAGAGUGUGAAUGCUGAAGAGGGUAGUACAGCUUCUCUUCAUUGUCUGGUCAGUAAACCCGAUGCUCCAGUGAAGUGGAGGAAGGGAUCUCUACUACUUCACCCAAAUGAAAAGUAUGAAAUGAACCAAAAGGGUCCAUAUGUUGAGCUGCUAAUUCACAGCCUAAAAGAAGAAGAUACUGGAGAAUAUACAUGUGAUACAGGGGUUCAGCAGACCACAGCAUGCUUAAAAGUGAAGGUUGCUCCUAUACUUUUCAAACAAGAGCUUCAGAAUGAAGAAGCUGAAGAGGGAAGUACUGCCAUACUACACUGUGAGGUUACUAAACCUAAUGCCUCAGUGAAAUGGAGGAAAGGAUCCAAGAUAAUUCAUCAAAGUGAGAAGUAUGAAUUAAGACAAACAGGUUCUUGCCUUGAGUUACUUAUUCAUAACCUAAAGCUAGAAGAUUCUGGUGAAUAUACUUGUGAUUCUGGCGAUCAACUGACCACAGCCUCCUUAAAAGUGAAUGUGCUGCCUGCGUUUUUUAAACAAGAGCUUCAGAAUGAAGAAGCUGAAGAGGGUGGCACUGCCACUUUACGUUGUGAAAUUACGAAAAGUGAUGCUCCAGUAAAAUGGAGAAAGGGAUCACUGGUUCUUCAUGAAAGUGACAAGUAUGAAAUGAAACAAGAAGGUUCCAUCUGUGAUUUGCUCAUUCACAGUCUAAAACCAGAAGAUGGUGGAGAUUAUACAUGUUAUUCUGGAGAUCAACACACCACUGCCUCUUUAAGAGUAAAGGCAAUGCCUGUACUUUUCAAAAAAGGACUACAGAAUGUUGAAGCAGAAGAGGAUAGUACUGCUACUCUACACUGUGAAGUUACGAAACCUAAUGCCUUAAUUAAAUGGAGGAAAGGAUCAGUAGUAAUUCAAUCCAGUGACAAGUACAAACUAAAGCAAGAAGAUUCAAAUAUUAAACUGCUUAUUCAAAAACUGAAGCCAGAAGAUGCUGGUGAAUAUACCUGUGACUCUGGAGAUCAUCAGACCACUGCAUCAUUAACAGUAAAGGCUCUGCCUGCACUUUUCAAACAAGAACUGCAGAACACAGAAGCUGAAGAGAAUAGUUCUGUCAUUCUGUGCUGUGAGAUCACUAAACCUGAUGUUCCGGUUGAAUGGAGGAAGGGAUCUACAGUACUUCAUCCAAGUGACAAGUAUGCCAUGAUGAAACAAGGUUCCUCCAUUGAACUUCUUAUUCGCAAUAUAAGUCCUGAUGAUGGAGGGGAGUAUACCUGUGAUUCUGGAGAUCAGCAGACUACAGCCUCUUUGAAAGUCAAGGUUCUCCCUGUGGUUUUCAAGCAAGAACUUAAGAACACAGAAGCUGAUGAGGGUGAUAUGGUCACUUUGUUCUGCGAGAUUACCAAACCUGAUGCUCCAGUGAAAUGGAAGAAAGGCAGUGUGGUACUCCAGUCAGGUGAUAAGUAUAAAAUGAAGCAAGAAGGUUGCUGCAUUCAAUUGUCUGUAUACAAUCUAAAACCAGAAGAUCAAGGAGAAUAUACCUGUGAUUCCGGGGAUCAGAAGACUACUGCAUUUCUAAAAGUGAAUGUCUUGCCGGUGCUUUUCAAACAAGUGCUUCAGAAUGUGGAGGCAGAAGAAGGUGGUAUGGCUAAGUUUCACUGUGAAAUUACUAAACCUGAUGCUGCAGUAGAAUGGCGCAAAGGAUCUGUAGUGCUCUUGCCAUGUGGAAAAUAUGAAAUGAAGAAUUGGGGCCCCAUUGUAGAAUUGUUCAUUCAUGAUGUGGAACCAGAAGAUGCUGGUGAAUACACAUGUGAUUCAGGCGAAAGACAAACCACUGCUUCUCUAAAUGUGAAAGCCUUACCUGUGCUGUUCAGACAAGAACUGCAAAAUGAAGAAGCAGAAGAAGGUAAUGUUGUCACACUGCAUUGCGAGCUUACUAAGCCUGGUGCUCCAGUAGAAUGGAGGAAGGGGUCUCGAACGCUACAUCCUAGCAACAAAUAUGAAAUGAAACAAGAUGGUGCCAUUGUUCAACUAUCAAUUCACAAUGUGAAUGUGGAAGAUGCCGGUCAAUAUACCUGUGAUUCUGGGGACCAACAGACUACUGGCUACUUGAAAAUUAAUGCUGCACCUAUAAUAUUGCAAAAAGAACUACAGAACAUAGAAGUGAAGGAGUAUGACACAGGCACCUUAUUCUGUGAAUUAUCAAAACCUAAUGUGCCGGUUACCUGGAGGAAAGGAACAUUGUUGAUCUUUCCAAAUGAGAAGUAUGAAAUGAAACAGGAUGGUCUUGUACAAAUUUUACAGAUUCAUGACAUGAAAUCAGAAGAUGGAGGAGAGUAUUCUUGUUCAUUUGAGGAUCAGCGAACGACAGCUUUUGUAGCUGUGAAAGUUUUGCCUGCACUUUUCAAGCGAUGGCUUCAGAAUGUCGAAGUGGAAGAAGGUCACACUGCCAUAUUGCAGUGUGAACUUACUAAAUCUGAUGCCUCAGUAGAAUGGAGAAAGGGAUCUGUGGUGCUUCAACCAAAUGACAAAUAUGAAAUGAAAUAUGAAGGUUUCAUUGUUGAGUUGUUAAUUCAUAAUCUAAAGAUGGAAGAUGCUGGAGAAUAUACAUGUGAUUCUGGUGAUCAACAGAGCACUGCUGCCUUAACUGUGACAGAGCCAGAUGUAACAAUUGUUGAUGGUUUGAAAAACGUGGAAGUAGUCGAAGGUGGGGAUGUUUUGUUUGAAUGUCAAGUCUCUCAUGAGAAUAUACGAGGUGUUCAAUGGGUUCUAGGAGGAAUUGAACUGCAGAAUAAUGAAAUGAACGAAAUUUCGAUCAAGAGUGGCAAUAUUCACACAUUGAUGUUGAGGCAAGUCACACAGGAUGAUUCUGGAGCUGUGACCUUCAAAGUUGGAAAGCACACAUCUUCAGCACAGCUUACUGUCAAAGCUACUCCAGCAACUUUUACUCAACUGCUUCAAAACAUGGUAGUGGAUGAGGUUGAGUCAGUAACUUUCAUGUGUGUACUCUCACAAGCCAAUGUUCCAGUUGUGUGGAAGAAAGGACUAACAACAAUUUCUCAAAGUGAGAGAUAUGAAAUCAAACAGGAAGGUUGUGUACACAUGUUAAGUAUACAUGACGUAAAAUCUGAUGAUUCAGGUGAAUAUACCUGUGUUUCUGGGGACCAACAAACCACAGCUUCCUUAACAGUAAAAGUAUCAGAAGUAAAAAUUAUUGAAUGCCUAAAGGAUGUAACAGUUUUUGUUAAUGAAACUGCCGUGUUUGAGUGCAAAGUGCAUCCUGAAAAUUUUGCUGAUGUGCAGUGGUGGCUGGGCGACAUUCCUUUGCAGCACAAUGAAAUGAAUGAAAUAUCUAUUGAACAUGGAACGAUUCAUACCCUGAAAUUAAAGAAUGUCACUCAAGAAGACUGUGGUACUGUUACCUUUAAAGUUGGAAAACACACAUCAUCUGCAAAACUGUUAGUAAAAGGUCCCCCGCUUACCUUUACACAAGAGCUUGAAAACAUGGAAGCAAUGGAAAAUAGCACGACAACCCUACUUUGUAAACUAUCACAACCUAACGUUCCAGUUACAUGGAAGAUGGGCUCACAUGCAAUUUUUCCAAGUGAGAAGUAUGAAAUCAAACAAGAAGAUAAUGUGCACAUGCUACUGAUUCAUGACGUGAACAUAGAGGACUCUGGAGACUAUACAUGUGAUUCAGGCCUGAGACAGAGCACUGCAGUACUGCAAGUGAAAGCUGCACCUGUGUAUUUUAUGAAGAAACUGCAAAGCCAGGAAGCCGAUGAAGGUAGUAUGAUAACGCUUCACUGUGAACUUACUAAGGCUGACGCACCAGUGAUGUGGAGAAAAGGAUCCGAAAAACUUAACCAUGGUGACAAGUAUGAUCUGAUUCGAAAAGGCUGUGCUGUUGAAUUGCUGAUCCACAAUGUGAAGAAAGAGGAUGGUGGAGUAUAUAUUUGUGAUUCUGGUGAUGACCAAACAACAGCUACCCUCACAGUCAAAGAACACAUAAAAAUUGUUCGUGGACUUGAAGACACUAGUGUGUUUGCUCAAAACACAGUGAAAUUUCUGUGUGAAGUGUCUCAUGAAGAUGCUGCAAAUGCACAGUGGUGGCUGAAUGGAACACUAGUUCAGAAUAAUGAACUCCAUGAAGUUGAAGCUACUAAUAAGAUACACACAUUGACAAUGAAAAACCUCACACCAGAUGACUCAGGAACUGUUGUAUUCAAGAUCGGUUGUGAAAGUUCAACAGCUAAGUUGAUGGUGCAAGAAAAACCUAAAGUUCUUUUCAGACAAAACCUCCAGGACCUAAAAGCACAGGAAGAAGGUACAACAAUUCUUCAUUGUGAACUUUCUGAAGAUGGAAUGGCUGUAACAUGGAAGAAAGGCUCAGAAUCUAUUAAAUCUAGUAGCAAAUAUGAAGUGAGGCAAAAUGGUCCUGUGGCUGAGUUGGUUAUUUCUGACUUAACUCUAGAAGAUGCUGGAGAAUAUACCUGUGAAUGUGGAGAUCAACAAACCACUGCUUCCCUAAUUGUGGAGGCUGUACCUGCCUAUUUCAAAAAAGAGCUUCAGGAUGAGGAAACUGUGGAAGGUCACACUGUCACACUGCGCUGUGAACUUUCAAAGCCUGAUGUUCUUGUGGAAUGGAGAAAGAGACUUGCAGUGCUUCAACCAAGUGACAAGUAUGAAAUGAAGCAAAAUGGUGCUGUAGUAGAAUUGCUAAUCCACAAUGUGAAACGAGGAGAUGCUGGCAAAUAUACUUGUUAUUGUGGGAAUCUACAAACAACAGCUUCCUUAACUGUUAAAGAGCUCGAAAUUAAAAUAGUUUCUGGUUUAAAGAAUACUGAUGUCUUUGCUGGUGAGUCAGCCACAUUUAGUUGCGAACUUUCGCACAAGGAUGUGGAAAAUGUGCAGUGGUGGUUGGAUGGUUCACCCCUACAGAAUAAUGAUCUGAAUGAGAUAUCUGUUCAAGAUGGAAAUAUCCAUACAUUAACGUUACAGAGCCUGGGAACCGAUGACUCCGGAACAGUGACAUUUAAGGCUGGGUCACUUAUUUCUUCAGCAAAAUUAUUAGUUAAAGAUCCAACGAUUGAGGUAGUAAGCGAAAUGGAAGAUAUUAUUAGAGAGGAACAUGGUACAGCAGAGUUUAUCUGUCAGUACUCCAGACCAGUCAAGGCUGUGUGGAGAAGAAAUGACAAAGAGGUUCAGGCUGAUGGUCAUCGCGUGAUUAUUGACCAGGACUGGAAUGUAGCAAAACUGAAAAUCUGUGAUGUCACCCCAACGGAUAGUGGGACGUAUACUUGUGAAGCAGCUGGAACAAAAGUUGCUGCAAAACUCAGUGUUCCAGCAAAGCAACCUGAUAUUCUCAAAGGGCUGGAAAAUGUAGACACAUCAGAGGGUGGUGAAGCUUUGUUUGAAUGCCACUUAUCCAGACCAGAAUUACAUGAUUACAAGUGGCUAAUGGAUGACAUUGCCAUUUCACAGUCUGAAAAUGUAGAAAUGGCAAUCCUCGAAGCUGGGAAACGGCAUCUGUUGCUAUUGAAGAACUUGAUUCCUUCAGACAGCUGUCGUGUGACCUUUGUAUCUGGAAAUGCCAUGUCAUCAGCCUAUCUGACUGUUAAAGGAUGGCAUGUCAACAUUUUGAAGAUUUUAAUCAAUACUGAAGUGAUUCAAGGCAAUGAUGCUGAAUUUGAAUGCGUAUUGAGUGAAGCGGUCCCUGCUACUGAAGUGACCUGGUAUCUAAAUGAAAUGGAUAUCCAGUCAGAUGAACAUUGGAAACCAAAGGCAGAAAGCAAUACAUACAAACUUGCCCUAAAAAAUGCCCAAUUAAAUCAUUCUGGAGAAAUAACUUUUGCUUCAAGAGAUGCCAUUACAUCAGCAAAGUUAACUGUUAUUGGCCUUCCUGACCCACCUGAAGAUCCAGAGGUCGUUAGAAAAAGCCACCAGUCUGUCACCUUGUCUUGGUUCACACCAUUGAGUGAUGGUGGUAGUGCUAUACUAGGCUACUUUGUUGAGAUGAAGCCUACUGACAGCGACUACUGGUUGCCGUGUAACACAAAAGUGAUUGAUGAGACGGAGUUCAUUGUUGAUAAUCUAAUACCAGGCACUGGUUACAGAUUCCGUGUUUCGGCUCUGAAUAGGGCAGGUGCUGGAGAACCCGUUCAUUUACCACAGAUGGUUCUGCUGGAGGUUCCCAUCACUGUGACCAUUCCUCUCUCUAAUGUUACUAUAAAUAAUGGAGAGUCUGGCAAACUGGAAUGUGAAUUUUCAACUGAAUGCGUGAAUGUUAAAUGGCUAAAGAACGAUCAGCAAAUUGAAUCAAGCAGCAAGUAUGAGAUCAUUUGUGAGAGAAAGAAACACUGUUUGACUAUUCACAACUGCAGUGUUGAAGAUGAAGGGAAAUACACCUGCAUGCUGUCCUCAGACAUUAAAACAUCUGCUGAAGUUUGUGUAGAUGAUGUGAUGCAACCCAUCCCAACCCAAGAUUUGGAAGUUCCACAGGAGCCAGACCAAGUUACAGUGGAACUAAUAGAUGGGGAAGAGGUUCCUCCUAAACCAAGCUUGCCACCUGAGGCAGCACAAGAAGGCGAUUUGCAUCUUCUCUGGGAAGCUUUAGCUAAGAAACGAAGAAUGAGUCGAGAGCCAACACUUGAUUCCAUUAGUGAAGUACCAGAAGAAGAUGACAAAGCUCAGAAGCACCGGCUACAAAAAGCUAUGGAAUUGGAAGAUUUAUCUACAGAUGAAAUGUCCAGAACAUGUGAUUCUUACACAAGUUCUGAUGAUGAGUCAAGAUCUGGUACUCCAUCCCUUGUUCAUUAUCUGAAAAAGGCAGGAAAGUCCACUGUAACAGUAGCUGGAAAAGUACAAACUAUAUCCACAAACACAUUUUGGAAACACUGGGAGACUUCAAACACUGAAGUUGACCAAUUACAAGAUGUAAAAGAAGACCCAUCUCUCGUUGAAGCUGCUACAAAAAUCCAGGCUGCAUUUAAAGGCUAUAAAACUAGGAAGGAACUUAAACAGCAAGUCAUCCCUGUGUUUACUGAAGUUUUUAAGUCUCAGAUAAGUAAGCUUGGACAAACUGUCCAUCUUGAGUGUGUAACCCAGAGUAACUCUGAAAUCAAGGUACAGUGGCUCAAAGAUGGAGAAGAAAUUGUUGAUGGAAGGCAUUAUCACAUUGAUAAUUACAGUGAUGGAACUUGCUCCUUAAUUAUAACAGGUGUGGAACAAAAUGACACCGGAACAUAUACUUGUGAGGUCUCUAACAAGUUUGGUGCAACUUCUCAUAGUGGAAAAGUUACAAUCACAAGUGAUGUAAAGGAAACAGUUAAGAAGGUCAAAGAGGGUAUUAGUAUAAAGUCCAGCACUGACAGUGAACCGGAAAGUUCUUCAGGAAGUGAGGUUGAUGAUGCUUUCCGUAGAGCAGGCAAACGACUCCAUAGACUUCUGCAUUCAAAACUGUCUUUUGAAAUUUCUGAUGUGGAAGAAGAAUUUUUCUUUAGUGCUGAUGAAGGGGAUGAAGAUAUUUUGGACAAACAAACUUACCAUGAAGAUGAAAAUUACAUUUAUAUAAAGUUUGAUUCAUUGACUGAGGCUGAAAUGGCAGCAACCAGAUUUAAGGAAAUAUUUAUUGGUCAAGGAAUUCCUGUUCACAUUGAUAUCUGUGAAGAAGGAAGCAGAGUUGAAAUUCGGAUUAAGAAAGUAUCUCGGCCCACUGCAGCAUCGAUUGAUGAUCGGACCAAUAUAGAAGAGGGGGUACAUGCUAUUCUUGUUGAGUCAGCCCCCCAUGUUAUAUCUGAGCUCCAGAACCAAGAUGUUCAAGAAGGCUAUCCUGUCAGUUUUGAUUGUAUGGUAGCUGGAUAUCCACCUCCAGCAGUUCGAUGGUUUAAAGAUGGAAAGCUGAUUGAGGAGAAUGAUCACUACAUGAUUAACGAAGAUCAAGAUGGAUGCCAUCAACUUAUUUUAACAUCAGUGAAUCUGAGUGAUAUGGGAGUAUAUAGAUGUGUGGCAGAAAACUACAUUGGCGUUGCUUCAACAAAGGCAGAAUUAAGGGUCGAUGUUAGCAGCUCAGACUAUGAUACAGCAGAAGCCACUGAAACAUCAUCUUAUGUCAGUGCCCAAGCUUCUCUAACCCGGGAGCAGAAUUUGGAAAGUCUAGAAUCACAGGCUGAAGAAGAACAACUGCCUCAGAUCAUAGAGGAGCUUCAUGAUGCCUUUGUGACUAUUGGAGCUCCAAUUGUAAAACUACAAAUUAAAGUUAAAGGUUACCCAAAGCCUCGUGUUUAUUGGUUUAAAAAUGGUAAACCUCUGCGUGCCACAGAUGAAAUUCUGAUGACUGAUAACAAAGGAGAUCAUUCUCUAGAAAUUCUCAAUGUUUCCAAAGAAGCCGGUGGUGAAUAUGCAGCUUAUAUCAGCAAUUCAUCAGGCUCUGCCUAUACAUCUGCCGUUUUAUAUGUUCAAAGCCCAGGAGAAGAGAUUGAGAAGCAUGUACCUGAAGAAAAAUCAGAAAAACCAGAGAAGUUGGUUCCACCAAGAUUUCUGGAAAAAUUUACAAGUAAGAAUGUAAAGAAAGGAGCCAGCAUUACCUUAACUGUCAGGGUCAAAGGAUCUCCAAUACCUGAUAUAACAUGGCUUAAAGAGGAGUCAGUGGAAGAUGUUAUCUGGAUUAAAAAAGAUACACCAGGUUAUAAAUUGGCCAGCUCAAAUAUGCAGCACAGUCUGAUCCUGCUGGAUGUUGGGAAGGAGUACACUGGAGUCUAUACCUGUAUUGCUACAAACAAGGCUGGCCAGUCUAUCUGCUCUGCCCACUUGGAUGUUGUUGAUGAAAUCGAAGCUCCACCUGAAGAAACCACAACUGUGAAAGAAGCUAUUAUGCAAACAUUUUUGCAUGGACCACAAGAAAUUGUUCAUAAAGGACCAGAGAAAGAUCAAAGAGAAGUCAUCACAGAAGUCAGCAGAGAAGUUUCUGCAACAACAACCUUACCACAUUUUUCAUUGGCAGAUGUUGGAACAGAAGAAUUCCUUCAGAAAUUAACAUCUCAGAUCACACAAAUGGUCUCGGCAAAGAUCACCCAAGCUUCUCUUCGUGUUCCUGGAGCAGAAAGUGAUGAGGAAGCAAAGACUCCGUCUCCAUCUCCACGUCAUGGUAGAUCCAGGCCUUCUUCUAUUGUCAAUGAAUCUUCCUCUGAAUCUGAAGAUGCAGAAACAAGAGGCGAGGUUUUUGACAUUUACGUGGCUACAGCAGACUACAACCCACCACCAUCUGAGAAAGAGUCCAUUCAUCUUAAAGAGCGGCAAUAUGUGGAGGUUCUUGACUCUGCACAUCCACUGAAAUGGCUGGUUAGAACCAAGCCUACCAAAUCAACACCUGCCCGACAAGGUUGGGUAUCACCUGCCUAUCUGGACAAGAGACUAAAGUUCUCAGCUGAAGUUGCAUUGGAAAGCCCUGAAAUUCCUGGUGAGAUUGAAUCAGAAGAGGAAUACAGGAGAAAGUUAUACCUCCUUGUGCAGGAUCUUAUUGCAACUGAAAAAGAGUUUACGAAAAAUUUGCAAUUCUUUGUCGACCAUUAUGUCAAACACACCGAAACAAGUACCCAUGUACCACCCUCCCUAGCAAAUAGCAAAGAAAAGAUUUUCCGAAAUAUUAAUGAGAUUGCCGAUUUUCACAUCAGCACAUUCCUGAAUGACCUUUUGAAAUGUCAGACGGAUGAUGAUAUUGCUUUGUGCUUCAUCAAGAACAGUGAUGGAUUUGAUAAAUACAUGCAUUACUUAGUUGGACAAGUACAGGCUGAAUCUCACAUCACUAAUCCAGCUGUCCAAGACUUUUAUAAUAAAUACACAGAUGAAAUAUCAUCAGCACAGGACCCAUCGGAAUCUCCAGUGCCACCUAUUCAUAAUUUCUUAGAGAAGCCUCCCAAUAGACUCUUGAAAUAUCAAAAUUUUCUCAAGGAGCUAAUUCGUAACAAAGCAAGAAACAAUAAAAACUGUGCUUUAUUAGAGGAAGCAUAUGCUGUAGUAUCUGCUCUUCCCAAGCGUGCAGACAAUAGCCUACAUGUUUCAAUGAUUGAAAAUUAUCCGGGCACUUUGGAAUCUCUCGGUGAUCCCAUCAGAAAGGGGCAUUUUAUUGUGUGGGAGGGAGCUCCUGGUGCAAGACUGUCAUGGAAGGGUCACAAACGCAUUGUUUUUCUCUUCAAAAACCAUUUACUGAUCUGCAAACCAAAAAGAGAUAGCAGGACAGAUUCACAGUGUUACAUCUUUAAAAAUCUGAUGAAGCUCACUAAUGUUGAUGUGAAUGACUUUGUGGAAGGCGAUGAACGAUCCUUUGAAAUCUGGCAUGAGCGAGAAGACUCAGUGCGUAAAUACACACUCCAAGCUCGAACUGUGAAUAUAAAGAUUUCAUGGGUAAAAGACAUUACUGGCAUACAGCAGCGCUUUAGUCUACCAGCCUGGAGUCCCCCAGAAUUUGUAGAGAAAUUGGCGGAUUGUAUAGCUGAAAUGGGACAGACAGUGAAAUUGGCGUGCCUGGUUAUCGGAAAUCCAAAACCGGUUAUCACAUGGUAUAAAGAUGGGAAGCUUGUGGAGGUUGACCCACAUCAUAUUAUUAUCGAAGAUGAGGAUGGGUCCUGUACGCUGAUCUUGGACACUCUCACUGCUGCUGACUCAGGACAGUAUAUGUGCUAUGCAGCUAGUGCUGCAGGAAAUGCCAAUACACUUGGGAAGAUUCUUGUACAAGUCCCUCCAAGGUUUGUAAGCCACCUUAGAAACAUCGCAUUUGUAGAGAAUGAAGAUUCGCAGUUUGCAUGCACCAUUGAAGCUGCACCAACCCCACAGAUAAGAUGGAGUAAAGAUGGUUCACCAUUAACAAAUAAAACAAAAUACCAGACUUUCUAUGAUCCUCAAUUUGGAGUUGCAGUGCUGGUCAUCAAAAACACAGAAAAGAUUGACCUUGGAGUCUAUGAAUGUGAAGUUACUAACAAGCUGGGUACAGCCAGAGAUGUUGCAGAGCUAUAUCUUCAGGCUCCUGCUCUGAUUCCAGAAAAGAGAGGAGACCAAGUUGUCAUGAUUGAAGUCACUGAACAAGAGACUAAAGUUCCCAAGAAAACCAUCAUCAUUGAGGAGACUAUAACAACAGUAGUCAAGAGCCCAAAGGUUAAACGGCGCACAUCUUCAAGUAUCUCUCCUGCAAGAUCACCAAGACCACAGGAAACAGUACCGGAAACAUCUUUCUCAGCUAGACCCAAAAGGCCAGCUCCUAAAACUCAGCCUGAAUCCAAAGAAACCCCUCUGAAAAAGCCACCCAUUCCUGCACUUAUGAUAACAGAACCAGAAGAACAAGGUGCAACUGCAAGGCAUGUUUUUGUAGAAACUAAGGUACAAGAACAAAAACCAAGCUGGAUAGAAGUUGAAGAAGUAAUUGAAUUCAAAGUUAAGCAAAGUUCAAAACCUGAGAGGAAGAGAUCAGCUUCCCCUUCUACCCACAGCUUAUCUGAGCAAAGACAGAGGAGACAUAGAUCUUCAAGCCCAAGACCUAAGCAACCUCUAAGGACUGACCCGAACAUAAACAACUCAAACAAUAAUCUAGUGGAACAAAUGCGAUCUUCAGUUUCAGAAGAAAAUCUAACCAAUGAAGGUGUUCAGUCUCUUAUCUGUAAUCCUGAGACUACAGUAGAAAUUCAACCUACCACAUCAGAUGGCAUUAAUCCUGACUGUAUAUCAGACCACUUUACUGAUGAUUCUUAUAGAGUAUCUGCUCAUGCAGUGAAUGAAUACGAUAUUCAGCCAAGCAUAACUGAAGAUCAAUACAAAUCAAAUACUCAACAGCUGGAAGUAGAAACACCACUUGUUGCACUUGUAGGUGAAACUGUAAUGUUAAGUUUUGAAACACCUGAACCCAUGGAUGCUGAACAGCUAUCACUCAGAAAUCUAUCUGAUAUUAAAACAGAACCUACUUUGGCUGUUGUGGAUCUUCCAUUGGAUACGUCUGGUGAUGAAAUGGAGGAAGUCAAGCCAAAACAUGAAGAAGAAAUAGAUAUAGAAGAUGAAUAUGUCAUUAUUGAUGAGCCCCCUGAAUCCGGCAAUGAUGAUCUAGUGAACAGGGACACUAAAAUUUUGACUUAUAAUGGCAAGUUGUUAACUUUGGAAGACCUUGAAGACUACAUUCCUGCCCAAGGAGAAACCUACAAAUCUGAGGAUUCAGUUGACCAAGAAUUUUCAUCAGCCACAUGUUCCAAUGAGCCAUGCGAAAUUUCUGUUCUGCAGGCAGAAAUAAGUGAACCUACAAUUGGCAAACCAGUUUUACUUAAUGUCGGGAAACCAGUUGUAACUAAGAGGAAACCAAGUUAUUUGCAUCAGUUUGGAGAUCAACGACCUGGAAGCAUGUUCACGUCAACAUCUCGGGUAACGGAAAUGCAUUCAAUGCGACCAUCAAAUUUAUCAGUACAUGUCAGUGGAUCAUGUGCUGAAUCAGUUAUUCACUCCUCAACAGCAGUGGAGAAGAAACCACCAUUUGAAUUAAAAACAUCUUUUUGUACUGAAGUGCAAUGUUCUGUGGAUAGUGGUCAACCAAGCUUUAAAACUGAAGUUUCUACGAGAACUCUUAACUAUGGAGAAACUGUUACUUUACAUAUCAAUAAGAAAGACUCAACAGAAGAGGCCAGCAAGAGCAGCCAUGAUAAACUUAAAAAUACCAACAUAUUUGUCACUCUGACAAGUGAAGUAGACCCAUUUCAGAUUGUGGCAAUCAGCCAAAAUGUUGCUGACUUCACAUUGAAAAACACUGAAGCUGGAACAAGAAAAACAACUGAAGUGCAUAUACCAAGUUUAGAGCAUGAUAUACAAAGAAGCAAGGCUGAUAUAAGGCAUGCCUUACAAGAACAUUUGCCAGAAUGCACAAGUGAAAUUAUGUAUGAGAAGUCAAAGAGAAGAAGUGUAACAUUCUCAGACUUCAGUCUAAAUAAUGAAGAAGGAGCAUCUCCCUCAUCUGCAGAAUACAACGUAAACUCGUUCGAAAGAAAAGCUGAUGAAGGGAACGACAAACCUUACCAUUCAACAAAAGAAAGUACCACAUCUCCUUCAGAAUCAGAAGAAUCUCGUCAAGUCUCAACUAGAUAUGAAGGCAGUGAAAUGGAGAAGACUUUUAAAAAAUUGGAAGAUUCUCCACUGUUUUAUAUGGCUGUACCACAAGAGAGUACGAAAAUGACAGAUAUCCCAGAGCACAUUGGAUGGCAAAUGAAACCUCGCAAAAUUGACAAAUCUUUUAAACCAGAUUCAUCAGAUCCUCAAACCCGGAAUGUUAAAGAUUUGGAAAAUGAGAACAUUCAAAGUGUUACUGUGAAGAAGCUGCGUGAAAUACAGUUCAGUCCAACCACAUUCAAGAGAAAAACUUUUGCAGCUCGCAUAAAUGUAACCGAGCAAAAUAUUUUCUCAAGGAUUUCAAGUGAAGGAGUUGAUAACAGGGAAGAAGAAAUGAGCAUGUUACCUGAAAUCAAGAGGCAUCUAUACAUGGAGCAUCCAAAGAGCUACCAUGUGCAUUUGGCUGCACAAGACAAUGCAGGUAUUCUUGAAGUACAGGGUACAGAACCCAGUGAUAUCCAGAAAAUCAGCACCUCACAACAAUUUCUAUCACUUACACCAUCUGUUGUUAACACUAGAACAGGUAUUCCUGAAGCACAGAGUGCAGAACCUAGUGAUACCCAGAAAGGCAGCACCUCACAACAGUUUCUGUUACUCAAACCACCUGUUCUUAGCACCAGCAGAGAAACAGAAGCCAAGGAAGAAUACUCCAUGAAGCCAACGGGGAGAAGAAAACUGCAUUCUAAUUAUGAUGUCAAAGAAGAAAUUGGAAGGGGUUCACACGGUUUUGUGAAGAGAGUUGUGAAUAAACAGAAUGGAACUUCAUGCGCUGCUAAGUUUAUUCCACUCAGAAAAAAUACCAGGUCACAAGCUUAUGAAGAACUUGCCAUCUUAUCCAAAGUUAACCAUCCAAAGAUCUCCUGCUUACUUGAUAUGUUUGAAACCAAGCGAACACUUGUGUUGGUGCUGGAAAUGUGCUCUAAUGAAGGACUCUUGGACCAUUUGUUCAAAAGGAAUAUGGUUUCAGAAACUGAGAUUAAAUAUUAUAUCCAGCAGAUUUUAGAAGGGGUCCAGUAUAUCCACAACAAUAAGAUUCUACACCUUGACAUAAAGCCUGCGAACAUUCUAAUGGUGCAUCCAGAAAGAAACGAUAUUAAGAUAUGUGAUUUUGGAUUUGCACAAAAAUUCUCACCAGUUCAGCCACAGUUUAGCAAAUAUGGUUGCCCAGAAUUUGUGGCCCCUGAAAUUGUCUCCCAGGAUCCGAUUUCAACUGCCACUGACAUAUGGGCUGUUGGUGUCAUCACAUUUUUAUGUUUGACAGGUAGUUCUCCAUUUAUUGGUGAAAAUGACAGAGCAACACUGAUGAAUGUGAAAGAAGGAUCUUUCUCAUGGGAUGAGCGUGAUCAAGAUUGUAUCAGUGAAGAUGCUCAAAAUUUCAUUACAAGAAUAAUUAGAAUAAUUCCACAGGAUAGGCCAACGGCAUCUGAAUGUUUGGAAGAACAAUGGUUUCAGGUAAAACAGAAACUCCAGGAGUCUUGCACAAUUAAUACAAAAAAGUUGAAAUUCUUUAUCUCAAGAAGCAAGUGGCAGCAAUCCCUUAUGAGCUACAAAUCAAUACUAGUAAUGAGAUCCAUUCCGGAACUUUUGGAAGGGACAUCUGAUGGUCUUUCUCUUGGAAUGUCUCGACACUUGCUGAAGGAAAGCAGCUCACCAACAACUAGUGCUUCUUCUUCUGAUUUCGAAGACUGCACCCAUCAGACAGAUGCCCGUUCAACCCAUACUCCAGAAGUCAAUCAGACUGUACCUGAUCAAUAUUUUACAAAUGAAAGUGAAUUCUAUGAAAUCCCUUGGUCUGCUUCUUUCUCAAAAGACAUUACAGAUCCAGAUAUCUGUAAGGAAAAAUGUGAUAGGACACUUCUAACUAGAAACACUGCUGUUGAAGAACAACCAUAUGUAAAACAUGAAGCAGGUGUAGAAUACAGAGAGGAUAUGAAAGCACAGAAUAAAUAUACUGAAAUCUGUGAAGAUCUGAAUUUAAAUGGUAGCAGCUUGAAGCAUCUCAUUUCCAAAGCUGCUUCUGUGGAGACUUCAGACUGUUCAAGAGUGGAGGGAGCAACAACUCACACUUUAGUGCAAGGUAUCUCUUCUGAUAAUGCUGUCCCACUUCAAUUAUCAGGACAAAGUAGCUCACUGGAUAUGAGCUCCAAAUCAUCACCUAGACUUUUACCAAGGCAUUGUCUUAUAAAAAGUACUUUCUGCAGUGAUAUGCUGGAGAGCAGGGAUCUUUCUACUAAGAAUGCUCAAUACACAAGGAGCCUUGAAAGGACAAGAAGGCGUUUUGUAGAGGCAGGUUACACAAGAGGAAAGGUGAGUGGUCUCCGUCAGCCACUCUUGGAGUGCUUUCAGAUGCCUCUACAAAGCAGAAGAUUUGACGCUGAAAGAGUUGAGGAAAUCUCAAGCCACGGUUUUGGAAGAUUGACAAGAUCAGCAUCUUAUGAUAACAGCAAUAUUGUAGCUCAUCCCUCUAAGGAAAAUUCAAGGAAGACCAAGUCAUUUGAUGAAUAUGAAGCAGAGUUCUUAGCUCAGAAUAUAGUAAACAAACCUGAAAUACCAGAACUAUCUCCAGAGCAGUCAGAUCCAAACUCCAAUAUGACGUUGGUUGUUAGUGAUGUCUUAACACCUCAGCCCAUUUCCCUGGAUGCGGAAGAGUCGGGUACACAGGAGUCAGCAAUGUGUGAUUACACAUGCAGUGACACAGUAUGCUUAUCAGAAGAGGGUUCCUUUCUAUCUAAUGUAAAAUAUAGUUCAGAAAGCCCUGUAAAAAAUAUUAGCUUUGAGAUAGAUCAAUCUGUGCAAACUGAUGUAGCUUCUUUACACUCAUCAGAAAAGAAUAUGGAGAUGCACAUGGAGAAGAAAGCCUGUAUUAUUGACAGCAAAGUCAACGACAGUCAGUAUUCAGAGAUGGAGUCCAGUGUGGUCAUUUCUUCUCAGAGUCCAUCAGAUCUGCAAACCAUGGACAGCGAAUCUUUGCAGUCACUUAAAGAAACAAAAACCUCAUCUCUCUCUGAAUAUCCAGAGUUGGAGUCUACAACAGCACAAAGACAGCAUAUUGAUCAGCCUGCCAGCUCACAUUCAGAUGUUUCUGGAAUGAAGUCUUUUGACUUUCAAUGUCCCAUGGAUUCAGAGUUGCAGAGUGAAAUCUCCUCUGUUGCUGCUUCAAUUGUCACAUCUGAUCAACAGGAACAGAGUUCAAAUGAAAAUGUCAGUUCUUUAUAUUUUAACACUGUAGAACCAGGCACAGAUUACUUUGACCUGUCUGAACCAUACAGCUAUGGUCUAGAGUUUGAACAUUGCCCCUCAUUUCUGUCUGAAAGGUCUGAAGAGAAAAACACUUGGCAAGCAGAGAGUUUGCCUGUGCCAUGGACAUCUGAAGAACUAUUUCCUUCAAAGGAAACAAAAGCCAAAAAGGGCAGUCCUUUACAAGGAAAGUCCGAUCAGGCAUCAAGCACCUCAUAUGAAAUAUUAUGUGAUGAGGCUGAAACAACAAAUGAAUAUUCCUGGAAUCCGACUGCCAAUGAAUCAGAAUCAGAUUUAUUGGAAUUGCUGAAAGAUACAGAAGAAGAUGAGACAGCAUCUGACAUCGAAGAAGGAGAAUCAAAAAUUAAAAGAAGAUCUAAAAGAGCUUCACUGGAAAACAUAAUACAUCAGAGUUUUGAAAGUCUAAGAAAAGCAUUCAAAAGCCAAAAGGAUGCAAAACCUCCUAGUGCUUCAAGUGAAACUAUCAGUGAAAUUCACACAGACCCAUUGCCAAAGUCUGCUUCAGAAAUGUUUGGCAGCUCUAGUCUAUUAAGAUUAUUUAGAAGGUCUGCUUCAUUAAAUUGGGAUAAAGGUUUGCAUCAUCUGGAUGAAGAUGGAAGAGAAAAUCGAUAUUCUUUAUCUGUAUUGAGGGAUUUAAACGUGAGCAAACAAUUGCCAAUGGGUACAAGGAAAAGUCAGACUUUGCCAGCUCGGUUUUCAUUGCAGUUGAAAAGCAAAGAAAAACCUAAAGUGAGAGAAAAAGUGAUCGAGUCCCAGGCAAGGGCAGACCCAAAUAAUGAAGACUUGUCUGGGAACCAGUACAUGGAAGUUAUGAAAAUGCCACUGAUAUCCCUCUUAACAUCAUAUGACGACAACAUAGAAAAACAGCAAGGGAAUGUGCAAUCAACAGGCACAAGAAACUAUACCAGCAGUUUUUUGAAGAAAAAAUCAAAACUGUUUUCUUUGAAGCUACCUGGUUCAAAAGCAAAGGAAAAAGCACCAUCAUUUCUCGAAGGCCUUAUGGACCAGUCAGUUGUGUUGAGUCAGUCUGUGACCUUGUCCUGCAGAUCUCAAGGGUAUCCAAAUCCUGACAUACGUUGGUUCAAAGAGGAUCAGUUGGUGUGCUGCAGUAAUCGGAUACAGACAUCAACCACAAGCAAAAGUUGCCAGCUUCUAACUAUCCUAAAUAUAAUAGAAGAUGAUCUGGGUAGAUAUACAUGUGUGGCGGAAAACCAUUUGGGCAAAGCUUCAACUUGCUGCUUACUGAAUUUAGCAGUUGUGCCUUGUCGCCCUGAUUCCCCUGAAGUAGCACAGGUCUAUGAAGAUGGCGUUUUAGUGAUAUGGAAGCCCCUUGUUGCCAACACUCCAAUAAUGUAUAUUAUUGAGUGUAAAAGAAAGGGUGAAGACUGGACAAAUGUUGCAUCCAACCUUUCUGAAUCCUGCUUUUAUGCCAGUGAUCUGUGUAAAGGAGAAACAUAUUCAUAUAGAAUAGCAUAUGUCAACAAAGCUGGUAAAGGACAGUUUAGUCAACCAUCUUCUGAAGUUAUCAUUGGGAAGACAGAAGUACAGUCACAUAGUGUACAUGGAGAAAAGCCAGCACCAGUGCAUGAGACAUACACAUUUUUCACAGAGAUAAACAGAGGACGCUUCAGCAUCAUAAAGAAAUGUACGGAGAACUCCUCAGGAAAGUCAUUUGCAGCUAAAAUUACUCCUUACAAGAAGCAAAACAAGCCCUUUGUCCUGAAGGAAUAUGAAACUCUAAAGAAGCUCCAUCACAACAACAUUGUUCAGCUUCAUGGUGCCUACAUCACACCUAAAUACUUAGUUUUGAUCCAAGAACUCUGUGAAGGAAAAGAGCUAUAUCACCAUUUGGCUGAAAGGACCUCUUACACUGAACACCAUGUGGUGGAGUUGCUCACACAGAUACUCAGUGCUGUUGAAUAUCUCCACCUCAAUCAUACUGUCCACCUUGAUCUAAAAUCAGAGAACUUGAUCAUUGUGCAGCACAAUGUAUUGAAGCUGCUGGAUUUCAGCAGUGCUGAGAUGCUGCUACCAGGCCAUCCUGUGUUGGUAGAAAAGUGCAGAGACUUCAUGGAGAAUAUGGCUCCAGAAAUUCUUGAAGGGAAGCCAGUUGUUCCAGAGACAGAUAUCUGGGCAGUCGGUGUACUAACCUUUACAAUGUUAAGUGCGGAUUGUCCUUUUAGAUCCGAUAAAGAUUGUGACAAAGAAAAGAAUAUAAGGAAAGGGAAAGUCAAGCUCGGGAGAUGUUAUGCCGGCCUUUCACAAGGAGCAGUUUUGUUUCUAAAGAACACAUUGUGUGUUAACCCAGGGGGAAGGCCAUGUGCCUCAGAAUGUCGUUCAUUCCCAUGGUUACAAGACUAUUCACAAAUGAACCCAAGACAUUCGAUGAUUUUCUUUCAAACAACAAAGCUCAGAAAUUAUCUAAAACAACGUGAGAAACGGAGGAUGCUUCUAAGUACAAAGCAUGAGGUGCUCAUGUUUCAGUGAUAGUGAAACAAGAAAGAGAUUGAAUAUCCAGAAUAUCUUUAAUUGAUCUGUUUUUAAUUUGCAAAGUUAGAGAGGCUAUGCCAUGAAGGAAAAUUAGUUUGCAAGCCAUAACUUGUUUUCCCAAUCUUGAAUCAGUACGCAUUUAAACAAUUUGGUCAGCAGUCUUCGUGCACGAGACAGAAGUUGAUCCAAUAAUGAGUGGUAAAAAUUUAAAUAUAUCAAACAUUAACUUCAGUUGUAGCAUAAGAAAUGAAGUUUUUUUUUGCAUUAGCAUAUAUUAUAGGAGCCUCUCACCACUUCCCUUCCUUUGCUGAACAUAUCCGAAUACUGAUCGUUCACCAUGAAGCAGCAUGUGAGCAAGAAGAGGUGGGCUCUUGUGGGAUAGUAAAGAAACAAAUCUAAUUAUUGUGUUUGCUAUGUUGGAACAGAUAGAAGCACAUAUCAAAAAUGCACUGUAGUGAACCAACAGAGAAAAACUAAAUGUUCAACAUCAUUUGAGGAAAUAUGUUCCACUAAAGCUUGGAUAAACAAAUUCACUGCAAACAUGUAUAUAAUUUCUGAAAUUUCAAUUUUUUCAAAAAUAUUAAAUUUUUAUAUUACUGGACUAGUGUUUCAGAGGUUGAAG